CUUCAUUGGCUCAAUUUUUGAUGGUCUCCAAUGCCACGACUUUUCGCUUUCCAAACCGAGACCCCUUCACUUUUCCCUCUUCACUUCACUUCUCAUCCCCACAUCUGCGUCUCGUGCAGAAAGCUUCCAUCCACCAUGUUCUGGAAAAAAAAGGAUAAAUCGCCAGCAGCGUCUUCUACAAACGUCUCUGCAUCUACAAACCCUUUUGACACUGGCAAUCCAUCGGCUCAGCCCACCAACUCAUCCGACUACGCCAGUCCGGGGCGUUACAGCAGCCCUGCCCAAGAUGACAGUCGCUAUGGAUCGGGAGAUAACUCCUAUGGAGGUCGUGGUAAUGGCGGUGGUCGAUAUGGAAACAGUAGCAAUCGGUACGAAGACGAUCGUCAGGAUUUAUUCAGUGGAGCUUCCAGUGGCCGCCGUUAUGAUCAGCAAGGCCAAGAGGAUGCUUAUGGUUCGAGCCGUUUUGCCGAAAACGAAGAAGAUGAGGAAGUUGCCGGCUUGAAGCAACAGAUUCGUAACGUCAAACAAGAUACUUUGCAAAGCACACGCAACGCUUUAGCGAAAAUCAACGAGACCGAAGGCACUGCCGCCAAUACGAUGAACAUGCUCGGUCAACAGUCCAGUCAAAUUGCGAACGUCGAUCGUAAUUUGGAUUUAUCCAAGGCGUAUUCCGAUCGUGCCGCUUCGCAAGCGAGCGAGCUGAAGCAACUCAAUCGCUCAAUUUUCAUCCCCGUAGUAAAGAACCCAUUCACAAAGAAAUCCAGAAACCGCAAGGAGUUGGAAGCACUGAAGAGUGAUCAUGCCGAGCAUAUGGCUGAACGAGACAAUAUCCGUCAAUUUGAACAUGAAUCCAAUGCUCGUAUUGAUCGCGCUCAACGAGCCAAUCAGCGCACCUCGGCUAACGCCGGUUACCGUCGAGGCCGAUCCGAGGCGGAUCGUCAACGUUACCAGUUCGAAGGCGACAGUGAAGAUGAUCAAGUGGAAGAUGAAAUUGACAGUAAUCUUGAUCUUUUGGGGGAUGCUACUUCCAGACUCAAGAAUAUGGCGCUCACCAUGAAUGACGAACUUGACAGUCAGAAUAAACAUCUACACAAGAUGGAUAAGAAGGUCGACCCUAUCAACGAACGACUGAUGACGACCACCCACACAUUGAACAAGACCCGUUAGAAGCAUGCAUUCUUUUUUCUUUCUCUCUCAUUUUUUGCUCCAAAUUUUGUGGAAUCGAAUGAUUCGGUUUUGAUAAACAAUCUGUUUUUAUCUCUUUCUCUCCGCCUAUUCCGUGAUCGUAGUGAGGUGAAAGAGUUCUUGGACCAUAAGGUGACAUUCAUAAAGGAAACAAACAAAAAG